AUGACCAAGACCAAGAUAGUCCUCACCCUUUUCCUAAGAUUACUAGCCUUUGGAGCAACUAUAGCAGCAACUGUUGUUAUGGUUACAACCCAUGACUCUGCUGAGGUCCUCAACUUAACCUUCACUGCAAAAUAUAGCAACCAGCCAGCAUUCGUUUAUUUUGUGAUAGCAGAAGCCAUAGCAAGUGGAUACAGCCUUAUUGUUCUCUUCACAUGUUACCAUAAUUCACUUUGGCGUUUGGUGUUAAUCUUAGAUGCGGGGAUAGCAAUGUUACUCUCUUCAAGCGUUUCAGCAGCACUUGCAAUAGCUCAGGUGGGCAAGAAAGGCAAUAGUCAUGCCGGUUGGUUACCCAUUUGCGGACAAGUUCCUAAAUAUUGUGACCAUGUCUCUGGAGCUCUCCUUGCAAGUUUCGCUGCAGCUAUAAUAUACUUUGUACUUAUAUUUUCUUCUCUUUACUCUCUACAGAACCCCCUCUUCAUGUAA